AUGCCCGGUGUUGCAGCUCCCAAGAACCGGGAACGGAACCGUGACAACGCCAUGGACCCGCCGCCAGCUGAUGACUAUGCGAAGGAAAGAUAUGGCGUAUUGCCGAUGAUACAGUCUCAGGAGAAACCAGAUCGAGUUCUAGUCCGAAUAAAGGACUUGACAGGAGAGAAGGCUGAUGAAGUUGUUUGGGUUCGUGGCAGGAUUCAUACCAGUAGAGCAAAAGGGAAACAGUGUUUCUUAGUUCUACGUCAGCAGCAGUUCAACGUCCAAGCUCUGGUGGCUGUGGGGGACCAUGCAAGUAAACAGAUGGUAAAGUUUGUUGCCAAUAUUAACAAAGAGAGCAUUGUGGACAUUGAAGGUGUUGUGAGGAAAGUGCCACAAAAAAUUGGAGGCUGCACUCAGCAAGAUGUCGAGCUGCACGUUCAAAAGAUCUAUGUGAUCAGUUUGGCUGAGCCGCGACUGCCCUUACAGCUGGACGAUGCUGUUCGCCCAGAGGUGGAAGGAGAUGAGGAAGGAAGAGCUACAGUAAACCAGGAUACGAGAUUGGACAACAGAGUGAUAGACUUGAGGACCUCCACGAGCCAAGCUGUCUUUCACCUCCAGUCUGGUAUUUGUCAGCUUUUUCGAGAGACACUCAUCCGCAAGGGGUUUGUGGAAAUUCAGACUCCAAAGAUUAUUUCAGCUGCCAGUGAAGGUGGUGCCAAUGUCUUUACUGUCUCCUACUUCAAAAGCAGUGCCUACCUGGCUCAGUCCCCACAGCUUUACAAGCAGAUGUGUAUUUGUGCUGACUUCGACAAGGUUUUCUGCAUUGGGCCAGUGUUUAGAGCAGAAGACUCAAAUACUCAUCGACAUCUGACGGAGUUUGUCGGUCUGGAUAUUGAAAUGGCAUUUAAUUACCAUUAUCACGAGGUGGUGGAUGAGAUUGCCGACACCAUGGUGCAGAUAUUCAAAGGACUCCAAGAAAGGUUCCAAACUGAAAUUCAGACAGUGAACAAACAGUUUCCGUGUGAGCCAUUUAAGUUCCUGGAGCCAACCCUGAGGCUGGAGUACCGGGAAGCUCUGGCCAUGCUUCGGGAGGCUGGAGUAGAGAUGGGGGACGAAGAUGACCUCAGUACACCAAGUGAAAAGCUCUUGGGCCGUCUGGUGAAAGAAAAGUAUGACACAGACUUCUACAUUCUGGACAAAUAUCCCCUGGCUGUAAGGCCUUUCUAUACAAUGCCAGACCCGACAAAUCUGAAAAUCUCCAAUUCUUAUGACAUGUUCAUGAGAGGAGAAGAGAUCUUGUCCGGAGCUCAGCGAGUUCACGAUCCGCAGCUGCUGACUGAGAGGGCUCUGCAUCAUGGCAUUGAUUUAGAGAAAAUUAAAGCCUACAUCGAUUCCUUCCGUUUUGGUGCGCCUCCCCAUGCAGGUGGCGGAAUAGGAUUGGAAAGAGUCACCAUGCUGUAUCUUGGCUUGCACAAUGUCCGGCAAACCUCCAUGUUCCCGCGUGAUCCCAAACGCCUAACACCUUAAGG